AUAAGAAGAUUCAUUAUAGCUGCGAGUUUACCUUUGGGGAGUCAUCAUUCCCAGUGAAAUCCGUCAAAUACUGGCAUAUUAUUAAUAAGAAUGUGGCGUUUUUUCACGAAAAAUUCUGAGACGAACACAUCUGCUCCGAGUUCCAUGAGGUGGCCUUCGUUCUUCCUCCUACUGGUGUGGUAUUGAGGGAAGAUGGCGUCUCCGUCGCCUUCUCUUCCUCUUGCGGGAAUGCUGGAGCUCCGUCCACUGGGCCAGACGGGUCUGAUGGUCAGCGCCUUGGGGUUCGGUGCGUCACCUCUCGGAGGUGUCUUCGGCACCGUCUCCGAGCAAGACGCCAUCGACUCCGUCCGCGAGGCUUUUCGUCUGGGCAUCAACUUCUUCGACACCUCCCCAUAUUAUGGAGGAACUUUGUCGGAGAAAAUGUUAGGGAAGGCUCUCCGAGCACUCGGAGUUCCGAGAGAAAGCUUCGUGAUCUCCACCAAGUGCGGCCGUUACGCCGAUGGCUUCGAUUUUAGCGCAGAGAGGGUGACCCGGAGCAUCGACGAGAGCUUGGCUCGGUUGAAUCUCGACUACGUUGAUAUCCUGCAUUGCCAUGAUAUCGAGUUUGGGUCCCUUGAUCAGGUUGUUAACGAGACUAUUCCUGCUCUUAUAAAGCUCAAAAAGGCUGGAAAGACACGGUUUAUUGGAAUCACUGGCCUCCCUUUGGGGAUCUUCACUAAUGUUCUCGACAGGAUUCCACCUGGUUCCAUUGAUGUUGUCCUAUCAUAUUGUCAUUACAGCAUUAAUGACACCAGUCUGGAAGAUUUGCUACCAUAUUUGAAGAGCAAAGGUAUAGGUAUAAUUACUGCUUCUCCCCUUGCAAUGGGACUCCUCACGGAGAAUGGGCCACCUGAAUGGCAUCCUGCAUCAGCGGAGCUGAAGGCUGCUUGCCAAGCUGCAGCAAGUCAUUGUAAAUCAAAGGGGAAAAACAUUUCAAAGUUGGCAUUGCAGUAUAGUGUAAAGAACAAAGACAUUUCUACUGUUCUUGUGGGCAUGAACUCUGUCAAGCAGGUUGAAGAAAACGUUGCUGCUGCUACCGAGAUUGGUGAAGAAGCAGAUCAGCAGCUUUUGCAGGAUGUACAGGAUAUCUUAAAGCCAGUGAAAGAUCAGUCAUGGCCUAGUGGUAUCCAACAAAGCUAACAGCUUUCUCAGUGCGUGUACUUUCCCGAUAUUUUCUCUUCAUAAUUGUUUUGCUUUAAUAAAAAGAGAAAACGGUGCCCGCAUGUUUCCCAUGUUUAAGAAACAUGCAUUUGUCUCUAUGAAAUCAUGUAUUACUUUGUAUGCUUUCUGAUGAUUCUAUAAAAACCAUUUUCCAA